ACAGCGCGCCAAAUUAGUAUUUCGAAAUAAAUGUGUAUAAUUUUUAACUCACGGGAACUUUCCUAACUUCGACACAAAUCUUUAACGUGUUAUCAUUAUAUGACAAAGAUGCUUUCAAAAAAACCUCAGAAAAAAGGCAAAAGACUGCAGCAACAUUCUUCAGCUCUUGCCCUACGAAACACAUCCAAAAGUAAACCUGCUGAAGACAUGGAAGACUCUGAGGCAGAGUUCUCCGAUGGUACAAUCUUCUGUGAGCAGCUGCAAAAGUCUGGCAUCAUUCUGAAGAAAGGGGACCAUAACCACGAGCUAAAUGUGGAGCCAACUGUCUUCUACAAAAAUUUAUCAAAGGCAUUAAAGAAACACAUAAACUACCCUGAGGUGAUUGACAAGUUUCUGGAGGGUUUGCAAGAUUACAUACUGAUAAGACAGAGGUUUAUCAAGAGUCUUAUGCCAUGUACAGUUGCCAAAGACAGUGCCACCAAAAGCCAAAGACCUCACUGUCUGAUAAAGUUACUCCUGGAAGUUGAAUCUCUGCAGCCAAAACUAAUAAACAUUCUUCUUGAGAAGUUACCAGAAUUCAUGGACGAAGAUGAGUCAAUAUUUUCCUGUGAGGAAUCUCCAAUAAACAUACCUCGACAGAUUCUGACCCAGCUGCAGUGGCUGGAGAACAUUGUGGACAUGACGGCCCUUCGUGAGAAAUUGAUGGAAGUCUUACAGGUGACCUCGUGUGACAUACAGCGUGAAAUCAUUUCCUGUCUGCCAGAAAUUAUGGAUGUCACUGAACAUGUCAAUAUAAUUACAGUUCUGAAAGAUUUGCUGGAACAAGAGAAGUGCUUGGCCGUUUCGAUUCUGGACAAUUUGUCUAAUUUGGUACUCAAAGAAGAACUGUUGGCAGAGGUAUUGUCAUCUGUUUUACAAAUAUUGCCAUCUUGUGAGCUUGAUGACCUCCCAGUUGUGGUCAAGUUUAUCUUGCAGUCAGUCCAAAGCAAGGAUGCACUGUCGGUAUUCACUGAAAUGAGGAAUUACUUGCAGUUUGAUUCCCUCCUGGUGCCGGUAGCUUCCUCUACUCCUCGUCCUGGACCAUCAACUAGCAGAGCUGAGCCUGAGAAGUCCACUGCCAAUUCGGAGCUGCUGGUUAUGAGAUCAAUUAACUCCUGUCUCCAGUUUGAGAAGUCCCUGGCUGCUCCCUGCAUAAAGAUGAUAGAACAGAUCCAUGGAAGCAGCAAGCACCAAGUCUUGGACUUGUUGCUCCUCUUCAUGCUUCACUCGCUCAACCAUACCAAAGCUGUGGAAAGUCUGUUCCGCAACAAGAUUCGAGCUGGAGACUUCACCCUAAAACUACUCAAUUCAGCCUUCCUACAACACCCUGUUGUGAUGCAGGAGUACUUCACUAGCAUCCAAUCCCUGUGUGUCACCUUCAUCUCUUCACCGGAGUCAUCCAUCUCGCAUUUUGCUAGUGUCAUGUACCAUCUGGCAUUCCAAGUGUUUGAUCGCUUCUGUCAACAGGGUCUUCUCGACUAUUUCGACAAACUCCAUCUCUCUCAAAUUCGGAAGUUGUAUUCAAUCAUCAGCCAACUAGCUUUCCAUAGUGACCACGAUGGCGGACACACAAAAACAGACCUCCACAUUGUGGUCAAGAAACAAUUAAUGAGUAACAAAUUAAAGUAUAAACAAAAUGGAAUCAUUGGUGGUGUUAUGUUGGUAAAGAACCUUACACCUGUCAGUGCUGAUGAUAAUUUGGUGACACCUGAAAACGUUAAGGAUGCCAUUACCCUGUUGCAACUGAUGAACACCAGCAGUCUGCAGAUGCCCACUGCUCGUGCGCUGUUCAUGGACGAGCUGUCCAUGGUCAUCACCCACACAAAAUUACAUCUGAAAGUAGAGGAAUGGAUAGAAGAGAACGUUAUUGCAGACUUCCAGGACAGUUAUGUGAUCGAUGUUCAGGAUGACUACUUGACAAAACAAACUCUGCUUCCUAUGGAUUUCCAAUAUUCCUUGGACGAUGAUGUUGAAGACAACAUUGCCGUGAUCAUCUUACCACUCUUACUCUAUGGAACUGCUUCUACUUCUGUCUUUGACUAUGCUGAAAGUAGCCUGUCAUCUCCUUUGUGUCUCGUGCCUACCCUUCGUCUCCUUGGAGUCCACCAGUUACAGAGAAACAAUAACCUUGACAACAUCAUGGCCUUAUUAGGUUGUCCGUUGUGUGUGACGACAUCCCAGGUCAUUGAGAAAAUCGAGACAGUGUCGACCGCCGAGAAAGAAAUCAUAUGUUCCACUUUGUUCUACACCCUGAAUUGGUUUCGUGAGAUCAUUAACCUAUUCAGCACCCAGAAUGAUCCGGAAGUUUCAGGCAAAGUUAUUUUAAGGUUGAAGAACAUCACAGACACACAAGAACUUCUGGUGAAGUGUCUGGCCGCUGCCGUGCUCCCUGCUUCCAAAUCUGCAUCAUCAGCAGCAGCAUCAUCAACAUCAGUGGCUAAUGGCGGCAAACGUGCUAAGAAAAGGAAGAAACCCAGCAAAACCAAUGAAGAUUCCUGUGAUGCUACAACUGAAAAUACUUCAGCGGUGAGUUCACAGGUGGACGCCAGCAAAGAAGGUAAAGAAGGUACCCCGAAUACUGUUGAUCUUCUUAACUAUCACCAGUAUUUCAGAGAAUUAACGCUUGAUGUUUUAGACAUUCUGUUGGUUGGCAAAAUCAUGAGUAAAGAUCUCGAUUCCCAAAUGAACACCGAGACCCAGAAAGAAGUGAAGAUUGAACCCCCACAGGUGAAAUUCUUGCUGAAGGACCUCACUCAUAAACUCCAACAUGUGUUCCAAGCCUCACAGUCAAAGAAAAUAUUUUUCAAUAAGGACACUGGAAAUAAAAAUAUUGGCUUCACUUUACUCAACCAGAAAAGUCCAGAAGAUGUUGCCAAGAAAACCAUCCAUUUGCUGCCAGCGCUUUGCCAACAGCUGGAAGGGGCAAGCGCUUUUUUCCAGGCCCUAAUUGCCAGUAACGAUGGGAUCAUCGACAGCCUCUGUCAGCAAACCGACGAAGUCUCCUGCGUUGCGGCUUGUUUCCAGCUCCUCCUUGAGGUCCUUCACAGCUUGUUCUCUUGGAAAGACAUUGACAGUCCAAAGAACACAAACCUAUUCAACUCUGCUCUCUCCAUUCUUGCCACCAGAAUCAACCCCUCGGAUUCCACCUGUCUCCCACAGCAACAGAGCAUCAAGCUGGCUAUUGAAUACCUCCAGAACUUCUCUGAUACAAGUCCUAAUGUGCAGACUGCUGUGAAGUUGGUUGAAAUUCUGAUUACCCUGGUUGAGAAAGGGGCCCCUGACUACUGCCAUAAACCUGCGGAACUGGCUGAAUCCUUCCUCCACAGAGCCUGGCUCACUCCCACUGGUGCACGAGAAAAAGGAGCUACAUUUAACAAACACAUUCAGAAGAUACUAAAAUGCUACCUCUCCUACUCUCCAAGUCCCUUGGAUGCCAUUGAGAAACUGUGUAGCGAUGCCAUUCCUCAACUGCUCAACGCUGAUAACAGCACAUCAGAAAUGUACCCCUCCCUCACAACCUCUUCUUUCUCCAUGUUUUACCGUGUGCUUUUCAACCAGUUGGUAAUUACUGUUAAGAAGAUAUUGCCAGGAAAGAAAACUGAAGUAAAAAAUGACAAAAUUCUUCAAUGGAAUUUGGCAGUCCGGAUAUUUCAGAUUUUAACGACACUCAUUAAGAAAUUUGAUGGCCUUCCAAAUCUAGGGACUGCAUUAAAGAGUGGUCGUUUGUUUGUGGAUGCCUUCACCCUGCAAGCGAUGCCCCUCCUUGACAUUAUGUAUCGCAGCCAGCAUGAAAACAUCCAUGGAUUACUGAAGAGCAUGCAAUUAAGUACACGCUCGUUACAUCACAUCUGUAAUCACUCCAAGAUUGUGAAGAGUGUGUUCCUAACAAACCAAAUUCCAUGCGUUAAGAGAAGUCUUGAACAGUUGAUGUGCCGUGUGAAGGUGAUGUUGUCCAUGAACAAAUGUGAAGAAGGUUAUAUGAUUGGAGUCCUCAAAAACAGAAAUUUAAUGGGUGAUGAGAUUCCCUCACAGGCAGUUGACGAGUCUAAGGAAGCUGAAGAAGUUACAAAGGAAGAUUCUCCAGAAGAGGAAGAGGAAUCAGAUGAAGACAAAGUCAGUGAUGUGGAAAUUGAAGAAGAGGAAGAAGUAAAAGAAGAUGAUGACAAGGACAGUGAUAACAACAAGGAAAAUGAUGGCGAUGACAAUGAAGGGGAACAAAUGUACAGUGAGAUCUAUUAGAACUUCCAGUAAGAUGUGAUGUCUCGUCACCAGAGGGAACAGUGAUAAAUACAGGGUGUUCAAAAAGUUUCUCCGCAGUAUUUUAUUGCAAAAUAAAUAUUUAUAAGAUGGUAUAAGGCUACAAAACAAUAUAUUAGACUUUACAAGACUUUAAAAAACUUUAUAAGAGGUGCUGAAAGUGUUGUCCUUCAUUUUCAAUACAUAAAAUUUAUUUUCUUUUUUACUGAAGUGUGAACACUUUUUAGGCCGAAUUCACUGCGGAGAGAUUUUUUGAACACUCUGUAUAUUGUUGUGGAGUCAAGGUCCUCAAAUAGACAUCGGGAGGGAUUACAUCAGAUUGAGGGAUCUCAAUCUGAAUGCCAGGGCAUGUAAGUUACACUCCACUGGGAGAGGGCACAUUUCUUAAAAGUGGACUUCACCUCCUUUGUUAUCCUUGUGGGAAGAGUAUUACUUCAAGUGAUUAUAUAUAUAAGGGUGUGUGUAUGUGUGGGAGCAAGGGAAUAUAUGUCUGUUUGUGAGUGUAUAUACAUACAUGUGUAUAUGUGUCUAUGCAUGUGUGUA